AUGCUACCCACACUACUCUCUCUGGCACAGCAGGCGCAGCAACAGCAACAACAGCAACAACAAAACCCAAGCCCAAACCCCACCAAAAACCAGAACCAAAAAUCUCCACCACCUCCUCCUCCUCAUAUCCUCCAAAUCCUCGACAUCGGCUGCGGAUCAGGAGAAAUCACUCUCGAUUUCGCAGAAAUGUGUCCUUUUGCCCACGUCACAGGGAUUGAUGUUUCCGGCGCCGUGCUCAAUUCCGCUCGGGCAUAUGCCGAAGUUCGCGGCGUGACGAAUGUGGAAUUUGUGCAGAUGAGCGUGUUUUCGAUGCCGGCUGUGGCGCAUUUUGGGGGAGGGGGAGGAGGAGGAGGAAGAGGAGGAGACGAUGAAGAUGAAGAAGAUGAUGAAGAUUAUGAUGGUGGUGGUGGUCGUGGUGAUAAAAUGGUGCAAAGAGGAAUUCGAGAAAUGAUUCGCGUGGCGAGGAGAAGUGGUGGAGUAGUGUGUAUGCGCGAAGGAAAUUUACAAAGCGCAAGAUUUCAUCCCGAGUAUCCGCUAUUGGAAGAAUGUUUCCGGGUGAUUAUUGCAGUGCACGAAGCCGGUGGAGGCGCGGCGGAUGCGGGAAGGCAAUUGAAGCGUUGGAGUAAACAUUUCCGAGGGGAGACGAAGAUGUUGUUGGCAACACAGAGCGUUUCGAGGUAUGAUACUCUUGAGGGACGCAGAGGUUAUGGUGGGCAUUGGCCUGCUCGAUGCUCGCGGGGGAUUUUUGCGCAGAGAGCGAUGGAGCUGCGGGGCGUAUCCAGUCAGAGGUUGGACGAGUAUGCGUUGGCCUGGAAGGAGUGGAUGGAGGACGAGAAGGGCAUGUUUGCGAUGAUGCAUGGCGAGGUGAUUCUCGAAGUCACUUGAGAACGGGAUUGUUCAUCCUAUCACACCUUACCUACUCAUCUUCUACGGUUCUCGACUCACGCUUGUCAACCAGAUCGCAUGAACUGGACUAUCUACAGGGGCUACUACCACAUCAACACAAGAUGAUUACUCAACCACUUGGAACAGUAAUUUGCUACACAAUUUG